AUGGAGUCAGUUAUUAAAGUUUCUAUGUCAGUAUGUCCUUUUGUUAAAUCAAACUCAACUCAAGCUUUAAGACAAUUAAGUAGAAGUACUGGUGGUUUAGCUUCAAGAGCUCGUCAAUGUCCUUAUAUGUCUAAUGCAAUUCAUGCACAAGAAUUACAAGUUGAACAACAACAACAACAACAAAAACAACAAAAACAACAAGAAAGAUCUUAUUCUCAAGCUUCAAAACCAAGAAGAGCAAGUGUUAGCAGAUCUACUACAACAACACCAGGUUCAACUUUUAAUUCAUCACCUUAUCAAUUUAGGAAUGAAAAUUUAAUUGAUCCAAAAUUACAAUUUCAAAGUAAUGAAACUCCAUUUGAUUUUCAAGGUUUUUUAAAUAAUGAUUUAAAUAAAAAAAGAUCAGAUAAAUCUUAUCGUUAUUUUAAUAAUAUUAAUAGAUUAGCUAAUGAAUUUCCAAAAGCUCAUCGUACAAAUGAAACUGAUAAAGUUACAGUUUGGUGUUCAAAUGAUUAUUUAGGUAUGGGGAAAAAUGAAUAUACUUUAAAUGAAAUGAAAAGAGUUUUAGAUAAAUAUGGAUCAGGUGCAGGUGGGACAAGAAAUAUUGCUGGGCAUAAUUCUCAUGCUAUUAAAUUAGAAUCUGAAUUAGCUGCUUUACAUAAACAUGAAGCUGCGUUAGUUUUUAGUUCAUGUUUUGUUGCAAAUGAUGCUGUUCUAUCAUUAUUUGGUCAAAAGAUUAAAGAUUUAGUUAUAUUCUCAGAUGAAUUAAAUCAUGCUUCUAUGAUUCAAGGUAUUAGAAAUUCAAGAGCUCAAAAACAUAUUUUUAAACAUAAUGAUUUAGUAGAUUUAGAAACAAAAUUAUCUCAAUAUCCAAAAUCUGUACCAAAAUUAAUUGCAUUUGAAUCUGUUUAUUCAAUGUGUGGAUCAAUUUCUCCAAUUGAAAAAAUUUGUGAUUUAGCUGAAAAAUAUGGUGCUAUUACAUUUUUAGAUGAAGUUCAUGCUGUUGGUAUGUAUGGUCCUCAUGGUGCAGGAGUAGCUGAACAUUUAGAUUUUGAAGCUCAAUUAAAACUGGGUAUUGAACAUCCAAAAGAUUUAAAAACAGUUAUGAGUAGAGUUGAUAUGGUUACUGGUACUUUAGGUAAAGCUUAUGGAUGUGUUGGUGGUUAUGUUACUGGUAAAGCAAAUAUGAUUGAUUGGUUUAGAUCUUAUGCACCAGGUUUUAUUUUUACAACUACUUUACCGCCAGCAAUUAUGGCAGGUGCUGCAGCAUCAAUUCGUUAUCAAAGAGCUACUUUAAAAGAUAGAAUUGCUCAACAAAAAAAUACAAGAUAUGUUAAAAAUAAUUUAAUUGAUUUAGGUUUACCAGUUAUUCCAAAUCCUUCUCAUAUUGUACCUGUAUUAGUUGGUAAUGCUCAAGAUGCUAAAAGAGCUAGUGAUUUAUUAUUAGAUAAACAUGAUAUUUAUGUUCAAGCUAUUAAUUUCCCAACAGUUCCAAUUGGGGAAGAAAGAUUAAGAAUUACUCCAACUCCAGGUCAUGGAAAAGAAAUUUCAAAUCAUUUAAUUGAAUCUAUAAAUUCUGUAUUUAAUGAAUUAAAUUUAAAUAGAAUUAAUGAUUGGUCAGCAAAAGGUGGUCUUUGUGGAGUUGGUCAAGAAAAUAGUGAAAUUGAUCAUAUUUGGACUGAUAAGCAAUUAUCUCUUAAUGAUAAUGAUUUGAAUCCAAAUGUUUUUGAACCAAUUAUUUCACCAAUUGGUGUUUCCUCAGGUGUCACUGCUUAA